UCACCCUGCUACCCAGUUUCAGUUAGCCGAGCCGUCCGCCUGUCUGUUUGCUCAGGUGUGUGUCGACUCGACCUUUUGUCAAACGCCGAAAACUCUAGAUGAAAACCUAAACGCCCCAUCAUUGGAAUAUUUUCUCGGAGUCCCAACCCACACUGUUGGACCGUUUACGGAGACUACAGAAACGAAAAACACGAGCUAACCGGUCGUGAACGUUAACAUUAGCAGCAGCAGCAGAACAGGUGCAUUAAGGGGUUUGAUUUGACGUUAGCCUCGUCGUGCGUGAUAAAGUCUGACUCUACACCUCUGGGAAUCACUGUACAGUUUUGUGAUAUGGACAUACUAUAAAAACCAACAUUGUUAUGGUUACUGUGACUUGAUGGGAACAAGUUAUACAUUAGAAACCUACAGCUUCCAUUCCCUCUCCCCCACCAUUUCCUGCCUCCCAGUGUCUCGAGUUAUUGCUUGAUCUGUAGUUCAUCUGGCUCUAUAGCCCCACAUCCUGAAUACUGACAUGGCCUCGGCGAUGUCGGAGCAGUCCAGCGUCCUACAGGAGGAGCUCACCUGCCCAGUGUGCCUGGACUUAUAUCGUGACCCACACCUGCUUCCUUGUGGCCACAACUUCUGUAAGACCUGCCUUGAUCGGCUGAAGCGACAAGCAGACCGAGGUCGGUUCCGUUGCCCAGAGUGCCGUGAUAGCCACCGGUGUGGGACUAACUUUCAGAAAAACUUCAAACUAGCCAACAUUGCAGAUGACUACCGUCACCGGCGCAGAGCUACCACUGCAGCUGCUAUAGCUUUAAAAUCCAGGGAAAAACUGGCAUCUUCUCUGGCUGCACAGCAAACUAGGACUGUUUUUGCUGCUGUUCCAUGUGACUACUGCCCUUCAGUUGCUGCCGAGUCUUUAGGUGCCAGUGCUGAUGGACCAGGUGCAAGUGUUUCUCAGGAAGGAGGUGACAAACAGGAAGCAGCAGGGGCUGCCUCUGUGUCUUCUACUGCUGCUGCGUCAAUGUUUGCAGUCAAGACGUGCCUAAAGUGUGAGGUAUCAAUGUGCCAGGAACAUGUAAAGCCACAUCUUGAACUGCCAGCGUUUCGUGAGCAUCUGCUGACAGAACCGAUGAAUGACUUCUGGAAGAGGAAGUGCCCAGAUCAUGAUGAGAUUUACAGAUACUACUGCAUGGAUGACAAAGUGUGCGUCUGCAAUGCCUGCACCAUUGAAGGAGGCCACUCAGGACACACAAUCAAGACUCUGAAAAACACAAUGAAGGAUCUAAAGGGUGCAUUGGACAAACACCUUUACAGGGUUGAAAGGAAAUACAGCAUGACAGAAAAAAAACUCCAAGAGCAAAAAGUGAAGGAGAGACAAAAUAAGAAGUUCAUGGACGACUCGGAGCAAUGCUUGACUAGACUGGGUGAGGAGAUAAAGGCCAAAGUACUCCACUUCAUUGUAAGGAUGAGAGAAUGUAGUCGCACUCACUGUGAAACCAACGGGCCGGCAAUUCAGAAGAACAUCUCCAGGAUCUGCCAGGACCAGGCCCGUCUCCAGGAGGUCCGCUGUGGCAUUGAAAGCUUAAUGCAGGAGAACGACCCUUUUCGCUUCAUUGAGGCAUACAGGACAACAGGAAAACAGUGUCGUAAACAACUGAGAAAAACCCUGUUCUACCCAGAAUAUGUUGACAUGGAGACAGAAGUUUUAGGAGUAAUGAUGGAAGACGAAAUGAGAAAGUUUCUUGAUGAGGAGCUGCCCUGUCACAUUACAGCGGCCAUUAAUUCCCUCUGUCAUCUUUCCGAUCUUGAGGAGGAAGAGGACCAGGAGGACCACGAGGAAGAGGCCGUGGAGGAGGAAGAUGAUGAUGACGAUGACUACUUCGAUGACAGCAGUGAGGAGGAAAUGAGGAGCGAGGGGGAGGAAGAGGAAGAUGAGGAGGACGAGGAAGAUGAGGAAGGACAUGACCAGAGUGACCUGGCUGAUGAUCUUUACAGCCCAGGGGAGGAAGAGGAGGAAGAGGAAGAAGAAGAGGAGGAUGAGGAUGGGGAAGAGGAAGAUGAGGAAGAGAGAGGGGUCUAAGCAAGAUUCAUCCUCCUUUUUUCUUUUUUUUUUUUUUCUGAACACCUGUUGAAGAACUUUACUCCUUGACAGUAGUUGGAUGCAACAGAUGUGAAGGUUUUGACUUCUGUUGUGACGUCUUAACCCACCUUCUCUUUGAAUGUCCCAAGUACAUUUAAAAAUCUUAAGCAGCCGCCACGUUUUGCCUCAAACCUUCAUGCCAGACAAUAACGGAGCUUUGAUUCGGCUGGGUUCAAAACAAACGGUGCACUGAGACGCUGCUAAUGUGAAUCUGUGGUGCAUACUACUCAACCUUGACAAAUGUGCUUUAUGUUCAAAGACAUUUGCUGUAUACACACGAAUAUGAAUGUAUAAUUACCGAAUGUUCUGGAAGGACUCAGGCUGAAUUUGGGAUCUCUGAGAUACCUGAUGCGCGGUACUUGAGAAUCAGUAGCAAAGCAAUUUUCUUUACUUUACUUAAAACAAUCUGAUUAAUCAAUUAAUCUCGUUUGUUUUCAUAACGUUGUGGUUAAGGCCAGUAAAUCUUUCAUAGUUGUAUCUUACUUCUUCAGUUUGUUUAGGAAAACUGUGCUUGUUGCAGGAAUUUCUUUUUUCCUUUUAGAGAGGUCUUUUACAGUUGUUCAAAUGAUCAACAAUGGUACUCAUUCACAAACAAAACUUAAGAAUUUCUUUAAAGUUUCAAGCUAGAUAAGAAAAUAUUUUAAUUUCUUGAGUUUUCCAGUUUUCCCUUACCAUAAAAAGCCAACAAGUUAUACUGACUAUAUAUAUGAUGUAAAUGCAAACACACAGGCAAGAGACAUUGAAUGUGAAUGGCUCCUGUGUGCAUUGGAUUGUUUCCUCAUGGUAGAUUUAUACAUUGCAAGCCAAAGAGUAAGGGUGUGUGUUGAAUGUGUGCAUGGGUCCUGUGUGUUUGUGUUGCUUGGCAUGAUGUUAGAAAAAGACUCAUCUGUGUCAAUAACAGUUUACAUAGUCUAUAGAAUACAUUUGCUUUGCAUCGUUGUGCUUUAAAAGCAUUUACUGCAUUGUUUUAAAAAAUCUCUAAUAUUCCUAUGCACUGUUCAUACAUUAUUCUUACAAUGUCACUUUUAGGUGAUGGGAAAUUUUGCACUUUACUACAAAAUACUAUGUUGGGCCUAAAAUAUUUGAAUGUUAAAGGUUCAUUUUGAUAUCAUAAGAGUGAUUUUGUGAGGGGCCAAACAAAAAAGACUAACAAAUAAAGCCUGGUGAAAUGCAGA